CUAGGGCUAAUAUACGGACUCAGGAACGAACAAACCCAACAAUGGCCGUCUCGAUCAAGAUUCAGCCGUCCGGCUUCGUCAUGCCGACCGGGCCAGCUGUGGUUUUGGUCAAGGUCCACCGGGAGGCGUUUCGGCAUCUGGCUCCUGAUAUGAACCCCCUAUCGGAUGCCGAUACCAUUUCGACCGUCCUAAGAAAGGGCAAACCCGCCGUGGCGUACACCAUCCGUCAGCUGAGCAACAUGCUUUUUGGCGGCGAUAUCGAGCCCUCUGUGAUCAGACGUGUGCUUCCGUACCCCGAAGUCGGCAGCCCCGAGGAUUCGCCGCCACUACUCAUGUCCAAAUACGUCUGUUUCUACUGGCUGCGGAAUAUUCCAGCCGGCGAACAACUGUCUUCGGCGCUAGUUGAGCUGACGUCCGCGUCGGAGCCUAUCGACAACUACCUUGACUUCCACGCCGUCGAGGUUGCUGACGAUAAUGACAGAGUGGAUAGCAUCAAGUCCAUUUUUGUUGAUGAGGCGCGCCUAGACGAGGAUUGGGCCGAGGAUUAGACUUAGGACCAGGCUCUUUUUUGUAGCAAUUCCAAUGAUGUGACAUUCUCUUCUUCCUCUGGACGGAGAGCCUUGGGCGCCAGACGGCCUGGCUAUGGCCUAGCUAAGCCGUGGUUCUGACGAGUGAGAUUUGGCCUCUCCCUAAGAACCCAAAUACUACCGGUACUAGGGUAUAUCGGCGAGUAGGUGGUGGUGUUGCACUUGUGUUUUGGGCAGCGUAGGCACUCGUUCACUACAUAGACAGAGGCAAGUCUGCGGGCUUUUUCUCGGCGUCAGUAGAUACUGUGAUACACACAAAAGCAGUAGCAGCACACAUCAUAGUGAUGGAACGACCUAUAUUCCAGUUCAAGAGAAAAGUCUAUCAAGCACACGACAUCCCUUCUACUCUCC